AUGACGUCUUCGGUAUCUUUGCUGAUAACAUUAUUACUGUGCUUGGAAAUUUGUUACGCACAGCGACUAGUUAGACAAUGUUCGUGUACCGAACUGGAAACUUGCCUGGCGAAUGUCGACAAAUUUUUGGUUCAGUGUAGUGAGCAAUGUGAGAAACGCACUCCAGGCGUUAAUCAUGAACUCAUCCGCUCCUGCAUGUUCAGUAAAAAGUACAUUUUAGAUGGCACUAUCGUCUGCGCCAAAAACUCCUUCCCAAAUUUAUGCUCAAAAGGGGCUCCCAAAAUGUUGCCAUCAAGAGCAUUUCUAACAGGACUUGAACUUGCUAUGGUCAAUGAUUUACGCAAGAAAAUUGAUGGAUCAGGAUUCGGUAGCGAAUUGAACAAUUUGAUAGCCCGUGGUCGGAAAAAUGUUAAAUGUGUCUACAAUUGUGUUACAAAGAAGGCGGGCUGCCACAGAAACUGCACUCUCGAUUUACCAUCCGAUAAUGCUAUUUUGCAAACAUUCAAGACUUGCGCGAAGAGUUCCGGCUUACAGUCAUCAACUGUGCAAGAACUCUGUUACUGUAUUGAAAGAGCUGGUGUUCGGUGA